UAUAUUUCAAGGUAAAUAAGAAUCUUCCCCAAAAAAGUCGGAUUUUCUUCAGAAUUUCUACUCGUAAAUGAUCCGUGGAGAUAAAGGGAAGCGGCCUUCGAAAGGAAGAGGGCAUCCCCCUCAAGGAGAAUUUAUUGCUUUAGGCUCCAAAGGUCCCUCAAAAUCCCAAGAUGUACCUGAACUCAAACCCCUUCCGCCCCUCAAGUCUUUGGCGGGACCGGGGUCAAAGAAAUUGUCAUCAAGCUUACCAGAUCGUAAACGAGACUGCCACAGUCCUCUUCAGCCACUGCGGCUGGGAAAGAAAGCCAAAACAUCAUCACCACAUUCACCCAGCGUAUCGAUUGAUAUUGAGGGUAGCUUGAAGUCAUCUACGAGCGCACCAGUACCAAGCAUUGCUCCUAUAGAUGUAAGUGCUGAUGAACUGGAAGAGAAAGUUAUGAAGGCAGAAGAUGCUGGUGAUAGAACGAAAAUUGAUGGUUACCUCACAGGAGCUUUAAAAGUUUUACGAAGCAAUCGUAGCAAACCUGAUCCUGCCAUGUGUUUGAGCUUGUUUUGUUUAGUUAAAAGACGACCACAUUUGUUUAGAUCGCAUCGUGUGAUGGAGUUUCUUACAAGCUUUCUCAAAAGAGAUUCAUCUGUGAAUCUGAAAGGUGCAAGACCAAGUCCAGCAGUGCCGAUAAUUGCAUGUAAUAUUUUGUUGUGUGCAUUUCAAGAUGAACAAGAUUGGCCAGAAAGUUUUAUAAAAGUCUAUGUUGAAGACUCUCUCGGUGAUCGUACUUGGAUUGAAAAUGAAAAAUGUCGGUUUUUUGUCGAGAACCUUUUGACAGCUUUUGAUACGAAAAUCCCACCUCGCAGUGUUGGGCAGCCUGGAUCUGAAGUAACCAAGGAGCAGACUGUGGAAGCUGCAACAACAGUAUCUCCCAAGCUUAUUAAAACUGAAGAGGAAGAUGUCUUCUUAAAAGAUGUGGAAUGCAAAGAAACCAUCUCUCCUGAUGUUUUCCCUAGGUAUGAUCUUCCAUCUACCCAGGAAAAUGUUCAAAGUUACGUCGUUGAACUCAUCAAAGAUCAACUCACUCGCAGACAGUUGGUAGACAACACGACUCGUAACUUACUGCGUCUUAUGUCUGCCGCUUGUGGCGUUAGUGAUGUCCGCUUGUUAGCAUCACAAAGACUCGAAACUUGGCUGCAAAAUCCAAAGCUCAAUCGCCCAGCUCACGAACUUCUGAUGUCAGUCGCUCUCAACUGUAAUUCCCAUUCUAUGGAAGAUAACGAAGUGAUUAGUAACAUCAUUAAAAUGAGACUAAAGACAAAACAGUUAGCGGGACAUUACAUUACUUGUGUCAGAGUGUUGGUGGAGCAACAUGAAGACAACUUGGGCACUUUAAUGAAACAUAUCAUCUAUAACGAACUCUCCCAGACCAGAAAUCCAAACAACAUGUCCCUGUUCGCCCUUCUCUUCCAGUUUGCCCCCAAUAAAGCUGCCAAAGAACUUGCGCUUGUCUUUCAAGAUCUUCUCGUACAGAGAGAGGAUUAUUUGCGUGCUAUCCGUGCACUUCUACGUGAAAUAGUUCGUGCAUUACGUCAUGAUCUAAACUUCGUUGCCCUGUGUCGUGGUUUGAUGGCUGAACGAAAUGACGUCGCCUUUCAAGAACUUGCAACGACUGUUAAAGAAAGAAUGUUCUCUUCCCUCACCGAUGUCAUCUGUGCCACAACUCUUCUCAGUAUUACUCCAACUAUCAGAGAUGCAAUACUUGCAAUUAAACGAGGCGAUUCGAGAGAUUUGAAAGUCCUGCACGUAUUUCAGAAGAACAUCGCCAUAAUUCAAGAGGAAGCCACGAGCUGGUUUCAUACGAUCGUUCCUCGCAUGUUUCCUGUUUCAUCUUCAAACUAUCCUCAAAGUCUUAGUAAAGUUCUGUUCAUGGAACCGGCGGAAUCGUAUUCAUCUAAAGACUCCUGGCCUUCGGAGUCUGAAAGAGCUUUUCUAUUUUCCAUCAUCACGGAUGUGCCAGUCAUGGAUGACACAUUAACAAGAGUAACAGUCAUCGGCUUAUCGCCUGAACUGCCUCUUGAUGCUCCGAAAGCUUUGAAAUUUGUCGAAACCUUGGUUCAGAGAGCGGCUUCUGUAAAAUCUGGUGUUCAUCCAAUGGAGGUGAAUCGAUUAAGAUUUAUCGACGCCAUUCUUGAUUUGUGUGUCUAUCAUUACCCUUCAAAUAUCAUGCUGCCUUCUGGCUACGAACCACCGUCGCUGGCUAUUUCUAAUCUUUACUGGAGUGGUUGGAUCAUCAUACUUCUAGUGGCUGCAUUUAAUCCUUCGAAUAUUGGCGAAGAGAUUUGGAAGAGAUAUCCAACGAUGAGAUGUUUAAUGGAAAUGGUCAUGACGAAUAAUUUCGUGUUUCCACCACCCACGAUGGUUGAAGAUCCUGAUCAGUUGGAGGAAUUACAGAGCCUCGAGACUCAGAUUGUUGCCGCUGAGAAAGACGAUAUUUUGUUGUUUGAGACGCAUCUCGCCGCUGCGACGUCUGGAAAGAGCAUCACCGAGGAAUCCAGCUUGCUUUUGAGACAGCUCAUAUCAUUAGGUCCGGAGGGUCCUGCACGCAAGCCACCUCAUUAUGUAAUUGAACAACUGAAAACAUUGAACGCUACAGUCGGGGUUGGGAAACGAUUCUGUUGCUGCAGAUCACCAGAUUUUCUUCUUGAGAUCAUUCAGCGACAGAGUGCAGCUCAGAGUAGACCAUGGUUGGCAGAUCUUGUGUUAUCGAGUCAAGAGUCUCUCGAUGUUCUCCCCGUUCAAUGUUUGUGCGAGUUUUUACUCCAAUCUCCUGAUGAUAAAGAAACAGAAACAAAAAAUGAGCGAGAAAAGGAAACUGUGCAACAAGUGUUGAGUCGUCUUCAUAUCUUGUUGUUUGGCGAGGAAGCAUCUUCAGCAUCCACUUCUGAAACACUGGAGUCUUUUCUAUACAGACUCCACUCAAGGCCAGCAAAACAACGCAAAGCUUCUGUUAAGGCAUUACAUUUGAUCUUCACCUAUGACAGAGAAAAUUGCUCAUCAACCGAAUCGUACUCUUGGCUUCUGGAAGCUGUGCCAACAUUGCCGUAUUUUGAUGCGGUGUUGGGGUCCUUAACCUUCGCUCUACGCAAGGCGUGCGCAGAAGAAUUGGAUCUUGAGCGACUUCAGGCGUACAUAAUCUUUCUCUCAGAGUACAGUACCCAAGGUUAUGCGCAAGAUGUGUCUCUGGAUUUAUCUCAACUUGUGCUGGAGCGUACAAACGUCUUUAAAAAAAUCCUGCAGAAUGACUCCCCCAAAGGAGAAAAAACACACCAGGCUCUUCUCUUUGUUUUUGCGUCCGUGGUCGCCAGAGCCCUGGAAACAAACUCCAGUGAACUGUCUUGGGAUGAUGUCCAGGAGUCCCUUUUCGUUCGGUGGUCAAAGAACACAACCCAUGCUGGGAAAGCAACAACAAUGGGUCUUUACAUCAUUCAUGCGUCCAUGGUUUUACUGAGCUACGGACCUCCACAUGAGGAAAGUCCGAUUUUUGAUGAGUUGUUGGACACGUGGUGUCCACGUGAAGGGAACGUGAAAGCAUUCCUGGCAAACACCGGCGAAGAAGUAGUUUUGAUUCCUGAGUGGUUGAGAUUAAAAAUGAUUUGUUCCAAUGAACAGCGUGUCAAAGAUUUAGGUUUUUCCAACAUUAAACCAGCUGAGUUGAUUUCGUUCGCUCAGUCGUUUGGUGUCCCAGUGGAAGCAACAAGUGGGAUCUUAGAGCGUCUUGAUUAUUUUGCUGAAAGAGAACCACAGCUUAUGGAGGAACUUAUCGUUGACAAAAGCUGUAUGAUACACUGGAUUGGCGUGCACCAGUCACGCGGUGCUUCAGGUGGACAGCGGAUUUCUUCUUUACUAAAUGAAGGCGAAAUGGAACAAAGCAAGCCAUUCAAAGAAGAAUUAUUACUUCCACUGCGUUCAUCACGGGUUUCGAUGGAACAAGACGAACCAACUCCAGAACGACUUGACACGAUUGAGAAAAUAGAAGAACUUCUUUUUAGUAUAUUCCCUUUUGGCAAACACAAGGAAACCUCUCAAAAGAAUAGAACUCACUCUGCCUUCCUUCUUCAAAAGGACAUCAGUGUAGAAGUCUCGCACAUCCAUAAAGGAUUAAAUUUCUCUCGUACCGUUUCUGAGCGACUUAUCAACCUUCUUAUUAAGAUUCUUGAGUCACAAGAUGGCUUUUUAUUUGGUAAAGUGUUUACAAACUCUCCAAGAUAUUCUCAUCCUUUGCUGAAAAUUUUGAUCGCGAGAGAGACGAUCCUGGAGAAACAAGGAGACCAUUCAGCGUUUCCACACCUCAUGGAAUUGCAUUCCAGGCGAAAUUCUAGCGGCGGUGUUGUUUCUUCACUCGUCGCAAAAUACAAACCCAACUCGCGAGCCAGACAUGGAAGAGUUGCUACUACUGAGGUUUCUACAGAUGUUAUUCGCGAAAGUGUGAAGAGAAUUCAAUCAGGAAAUGCACUCAGCGAUAAAGAAAUUAAAGAUAUUAUUUCUGUGCUCAAGAGUGAUAAAAAUGAGAGUAUUCGUCUUGGAGAACUUAUGCCAGUGUUGUCAUGGCUACUGUCAUCGCGAUCACAUUUUGUCGACGAAUUUCUUCGUUCCCUGAUCAACCUGCUAAUCCCUAGUAAUCCACGAUCUUCUAUACAUUACGAAGCGAGUCAGUUUGUCCAGGAACUGAUUGGUCUAUUACGACGUCACAUGGAAAGCAAAUCACGUGUUGGAAAUGGUGCGAUUCUGGAUUGGUUACAAGUCUUAGACCCAGCUAUUGUGAGCGUUUCUCCAUUACAACAAAGAAGAGAGUUAUUGUUUUGUAAUACUGGUGGAUUUGGUGGGGAUAGUGAUGGAUAUCAGGGUCUGUUGCUGGUAUUGCUGGUACAUAGUGGUAGUUGGGGACAUCUGCAGGAUACACUUGAUUGGCUGCUCAGUCAGAACAAGGAGAGAACAACGGUGGAUCCAACCCCUGCACUGCAAUUCAUCCAAAGUUGUUUGAAUAUUCCCCAGUUAUGGCAGGGCCGAGACACGAAGUCAUCGCAGGGGAUUGAAACGAGUGCUGACGACACAGAAGACGAGAUAUUGAGUCUAUCAAGCGACCAGCUUGGUUGUCUUGUUAUGUACAUCUUGAUGGAGGCUGAACGAAUGAUGGAAAAAACUGAUGAUGUUGGCAAUCAGGGUGAACUUGGUGGACUUCUGGAGAGCAGAGUUUCUCUUCUGUUGCGUUGCUCAAAAGGAAAGAAGCAGAAUAUUCGUCCUGUUGUUGAACAAUUGGAGGUUGACACGAGGUGGUCUAAACAGAUUCUUCAGCAAUUUCUAAUCAAACUUUACCUAUAUCUACCUGAACUUUCAUCCUGGGUAAAAGACUCGCAGUCCCUUGUUAAUUUAAGCUACAUUGCUUCUGCAAAAUAUGGCAAGUUUGAUGGUUUAUUUCAUCGGAUGAUCUCCAUAUUGAAUGAUUGUCAGUCGGGGAAAGCCUGGGAAGAACGCAUUGACGGAGUUGUUCUUCUUUUUAAAAAAAUGGCUGUCUGUCACCCUGGCCAUAUUUUAAGAUCUCUUCCACUAAUUUCGUCUUUGCUGCGUGGCAGAACACAUUUAACAUCAAAAGAAUUUUACAAUCAAAAUCAUUUCCUUUUUUUCACCCAUAUCUUGGGAUUGUUGGACAGCUUACGACCUCACAUCUUUGACCCGAUAAAGUUGAUUGAGGAUGGUCUUAACGACGCUAUCGACAGUUUUCUUGAUCUGGUUCAGUCGAAUUGUAUAAAAGCAAAGGAACGUUCGUGCAUGAUCACAAAGCUGGUGGAAUUCCUUCAACAUUAUCUUGUCCAAAAUUCAAAUGCAGCGUUGACGUAUCUUCAAACAAAAGUGGAACUUCUCGAAGAUUUACGUUUAAAACAUCCCGAUCUUAUAUCUCUUAAAUCGCUCUUGGCUGUUUUAUCUGUGCCCAGGACUUUGAACCGUACAAAUUCUGAAACGUCCACCAGUAUUGUGGGCUCGUCAACAACGGUUCCCAGUCCCUCACUCAUGAUGGCGCCGGCAGCAACGCCCUGGACACCAAGUCAGAUCGAGCCUUUCUUACAGAGGAUUGGGCCUAGCCAACCUGUGAAGGAGGUGUUGAAAGUUUUGAACGAUCUCGACGAGACAUCAAAAAGAAGAGUUGAUAUUUUACAAUUUUUCUUGCAAGACCUGCUGCGUCUGACGCACCACGAGAAUGAGGCGUGUCGCGAUACAGCGCACAGUUUGAUUGCAAGGCAUUUGAAACACAAUCCAAGGGAUUCCAAACUCACAAUCGAAGCUUAUCUGGAGUGUCUCAGUUCUGAUGAUCCUGGGAUAUUAAUGAGCGCGUCAAAGGUUUUACCCGAAAUUGCAACACUGUCAGCAGAGUAUUCAGAAGAGUUAAUGGACAAGGCGUUCACAACGGCUACGACAAAAGUAGCAGAAGUUCGCCCCAACGUGACGAGGACAUUUCGAAUGUUUAAUCUAGAAUAGAAAUUAAAAUUUCAAACGUUAUAAUACAAUGAAAACUUUUUAAUGAACGUAGUUGUGUGGCCUGUAUUUUU